CAGCACCACCUCACUCUCGCACACCAUGUCUUGUAGCCACGCAGUGUUUAUCCCGUCGUCCGCCGACUCGGUCUGGGCCACCAUUCGGUCGUUCCACGACCUCUCGUGGGCGCCCAACGUGGUGACGUCAUGCGAGGGCGACGGCGAGCCGACAACGGUCGGGGCCACUCGGGUCAUCAACGGUGUCUUUGCCGAGACGCUCACUGUCUUUGAUGACGAGGGCAAGACCUUCUCGUACCGCAUCGACGACGGCCCGGGCACGCCUGUUGCCUCUGAUCUCCAGACCGGCGAGUACAUCGGAACCGUCCGGGUCAUCGAGAUCAACGCCGGGCCUGAGGCCGCAGACGGUGCCUGCGUCGUCGAGUGGACCUCAUCGUACUCGACUGUUGACAACGCCGCCGUCAAGACCGUCUGUGAUGGCAUUUACCACGCUCUCCUCAACGAGAUGCGUAACUCGUGCGCGUCGGCCUAAUCACACACACACACACCCUGGGCGCGAGAGCAGCCUGAUCCGUUUUUCAUCACUGUGACCACAGGCCAACCACCCACAGGCCAGACAACGUGGAAUAAACCCAUUGGAUCGUGA